AUGGACACGCUGGAAACCAUCCACGCGUUCACCUUGGCACCGUGGGACGCACGCGUGCGCACAGACGUCACAGCAGUUCCGCAGUCACUGGACGAAUCGGGCGGGUUUAUGCAGAUCGCAAUCAGCGGCUCGGCGCGGAACGGGCUAGUCGGGUUUGGGGUCGCGAUCGAAAAGCAGCCACCUCAGUACCGAAAACCGAGACUAAAAGCCCUUUCCAUCACACUAGGUGUACGAUCAGAGCAAAACCCAUUCUCUGCGGAGCUCACCGCAAUGGCACACGCACUGAAAAUGCAAGUGGCACUGAAGAAUUACAGGAUUACGCUACUCACGAGCAACAAAGCGAGCAACAAAGCGGCCACUCUUACAGUCAGGAACCCUCGACAGCAGUCGGGCCAGGACUUUGUCCGCGCCAGUGAGAAGAACAGAUUGUUGGGCCUGGCUAAGGAACAGGCCAGGGCUGCGACUCACAAGGACGCUCUCGUACAGGUGAACCCGGGCAAAAGCCUGCCAGAGAACGUCGGGAAACACGUGAAACGCGUCGACACCGUGCUUUCAGGAAAACACACUCGACAGCUGUACGAUCGCCUAUCGUGGAAAGAAGCAAGCGUGCUGGCUCAACUCCGGACGGGCAUGGCCAGACUCAAUGGAUAUCUCUCUCAGAUCAACGUGGCUGAGACGGAUCAAUGUGCAUGUGGACAAGCAAGAGAAACGGUGGAGCAUUUCCUCUUUCGUUGUCGGAGGUGGACGGUGCACCGGACAAGGCUGCUACAAUGUACGGACACUCAUCGAGGCAAUAUAUCUUACUUCCUGGGCGGCAAAUCGCCGUCCGAUGGCCAGAACUGGACGCCGAACUUGGAAGCAGUGCGAGCCUCAAUACGGUUUGCAAUCGCCACGGGUCGACUAGACGUCAUAUAA